AUCUGAAACUCUCACCAGUUACAAUAAAAGACUAUCCCAAGGGAGCUAUUGGGCACAUUGUUCAUACUGAGAAAGGCAUUCUGGCUGUUGAGAAAAACAAAGUGUUGAUUCCUCCUCUUUGGAGCAAAACAUUCUGCUGGGGAUUUGAGGACUUCACCUGCUGCCUUGGAAACUAUGGGUCUGAGAAGAACAUGACUACAUUUGAGUGCAUGGCAGACUGGGGAAAGUGCCUCUGCGCUGUGUGUCCUUCAGCAACUACCAUAAUCACAUCUGGAACAAGCUCAGUUGUGUGUGUCUGGGAACUUUCCUUGGUCAAGGACAAAGUGAAAUGUCUAAACUUGAGACAGGCUUUGUAUGGGCACACUGAGGCAGUGACCUGCCUUGCUGCAUCUGUGACCUACAGCAUUUUCGUGAGUGGAUCUGAUGACAGAACCUGCAUCAUUUGGGACCUGAACCAGCUGACGUACAUAAACCAGCUUCCUGCCCACAGGGCAAGCCUCUGUUCUGUUGCCAUCAACAAUUCAACAGGUGAUAUUAUCUCUUGUGCUGGAUCUUACCUUUAUCUAUGGACAGUCAAUGGCCAACUUCUUGCAAGCAUUAACACCACCUCCAGCCCCAAAAGCCAUGUUGUUUGCUGCUGUUUUGCUGAAGUGAUGGACUGGGACACACGCAGCAUCAUCAUCACAGGAAGCACAGAUGGAGUGGUGAGGCUGUGGAAGACUGAAUACACCAAUAACCCAGACCAAGCUGCUGGACCAAGAGCCCAGAAAGGCAUGAUGGAAGAGCCAGGCAAGACUGGUAACAAGUGUGGAAAACAUCUUGUUCUCUGUCGGGAACUGAAUCCGAGCCUUGCCUUGACUGGAAAGCCAAGUAAGACCAGCCCAGCCGUGACAGCGCUGGCUGUAUCCAGAAAUUCCUCCAAGUUCUUAGUUGGUGAUGACUGGGGAAGAGUCUACUGCUGGUCUGUGGAUGG